AUGUCCACCUCGUCGCCAGGCCUCAGCCAGCUGAGCCUCGCCCGGUUCGCCUCCAACAUUUACGGCUCGCUCAACGAGCGGCCGGCUCUGCGCGUGCCCGGAAAACCCCGGCUGCUGCCGCCGAGGAAAUUGAGCUACGCGUGUGACCGCGAGAUCACCUGUGUCACGCAGCUCGACCACCCGUUGGCCCGCCUGGGCCCGCCGCUGCACGACGCGGCCGCUGCCCCGGCGCACCACGUGGUCAUCGGCGGCAAGAACUACUUGAAGUUGUUGGCGCUAGACGCCGCGCAGACCGCCAUCGUGGCCGACUUCAGCUUGGUCGACACGCACGCGCUGCUGCUGCUGCUGCGGCUCCACGCGUCGCUGCGCCUCUUCAACGUCAACACCAUCAAGACCAAGAACGACUUGGUGGCCUGCGGGCUCACCAGCGGCACCGUGCACGUGUACCAGCUCGCCGGCAACGGCCGCGCCAGGUUGCUCCACCGCUUGGACGACCACAAGCGCGUGGUCAACUCCUUGGACUUCGUCGAGCACGAGCACGUGCUUUUCUCGGGCUCGCAGGACGGCUCGGUCCGCCUCUGGGACCUCCGCGCCUACGGCCCCAAGCCCGUGGCCAAGCUCAUGGCCUCGCAGCACGCGGACCCGGUGCGCUCGUGCCAGUUCUCGCCUCACGCACGUGUGCGGGGCAAGAUGGCCGUGUUGUCCGUGCACGACUCCGGCGCCCUCUGCAAGUUUGACCUCCGCUACCCGGCGGCCUCGGCCGCCGGCCUGACGCUCCCCGAGCGCAAGUGGACGUUCCACACCGGGCCGGCGCUCUCGCUCCACAUCCACCCGGAGCUCGAGUACGUGCUCACGGGCGGCCGCGACCGCAGAAUCUGCCUCUGGAACUACGGCGACGCGGCCCCGCAUUCCGCGGCCCCGGACACCUCGCUCAACACCUAUGGCCCCGUGAUGAAGCUCCGCUGGAACGAGACGCCAUCAGCCGAGCACGCGCCCCCGGGCCCGCUCGACAUGCACGACGACUGGCGCCCGGACCGCCAGGCGCUCCAGAGCUACGACUUCGCGUGCCUGUACUUGAACGACGACCCGUCCAUCACCGUCUUCAACUUGGCCCGCAAGUACAUCCCCAAGGAGAUCGUCAACACGCUGUCCCGCAAGCCGUUCCAGAACUUUGUGUGGGCCCGCUCGACGCCGGGGACCCGCCGACUAUGGACCAUCACCAAGUCCAACGUGUUUGUCUCGUACGACUUGAACUCCCCCGAGGAAACCGCCCAGAACAUCCUGCGCCCUCUCGAAACGUUGCCCGCAGUGGCCACCUCGUGGACCCCCGGGGCCUCCGGCCUCUCGGUGGUGUCGCAGGACACGGACGAUUUCGACAUGCUGAUCCCGGUCGGCAACGACACCCCGACUGAGCCCUUGGAGCGGCCUGCGUCAGAGGACUUCCGCGGCGAGGAGGAUCGGUACUUCGAGCACCAGGCGUCGCCGGCCUCGUUUGAAAGCUCUAUCCUCCCGAACCGCGGGCUCCAGAGCUCCCACCCGUCCACGCCCACGUUUUUCUACCAGAAAAACACAACCAUGUCGCCGAAGGAACGCCCGCUACUUUUGCGACUGUCGACCCAGCACUCGCAGCCCGUGUUUGCUUCUUCGCUCGGGCUCCAGCGGUCGAACCUCACCGACUUGAGCAUGGCGCCUGCGUCUCUCCGCCCUUCGCUCAACAGAAACCCGUCCCAGACUACUGUGGAAUCUGUGUCGCUGGGAGGUACGGUGUACCAGCCCGUUUUGAGCUAUGGAUCCCAUCAUGGCAGUGCCGCGAAGCCACAGUUCUCUUCAUCGCCAUCUCCCUACUUGGUCUCCAUGUCAUUGCCUCUCCCGUCGGCCGACGACGCUGUGUUUGCUACGUUAGCCAACGACUAUUUGACCGACAUUCCUGACGCCUUCACUUUGUCCUUCGUAUGUCAGAUCAAUGCUCGGGUCGCGGCCAGUGUCCAGCGUUUUAGAGACUGCCAGACUUGGAGAAUGAUUGCUGUUGCUCUUGAGCAAGACGAAUCUAAAUCACCUGGUCCUCCGGCCAUGGCCGCGGGAGCUUUUGCGCCAGAGACUGAGGCUGCUCGAGACCAUACCUCGUUAGAUGUUUUGUCGAGGUCGCCACAAGAAGAAAAGUCGAUCUCUUCAGACUUGGGGAACGUCGUCGGCUCCUACAACUCCAACUCAACGCUGACAACGAACUACGGAAAUCACACGACCCCUCGAAGUGCCCCCAUAUAUUGCAAGGGACCAAAUAAUCGAACGUUGGGAUCUUCGCGUGACUUGGAUGAUGAGAACCUUCAUAUUUUGACGAACGCAUCCGCAUCUUUAUCCUCAUCUGCCUUUUCUGCUGGCACUGACAACACUCCAGGUUCCCAUUUACAGGGAUUAUCACUUGGCUCCAGAGACUCGCAGGCGGGCUCCUGGCAAUCAUUGGGCAGCAAGAACUUUCCCAAGCCGGCACGGAAUAUUGCGCCCCAUUCUGAGCAAAGACUCACUCUUGAUCGCGUUGAAGAAUCAAGCAUAAAGAGCAAGGAAGUGUUGCCUUCGCAGCUCACAAAGGCAAUGAGCAGAUACGGAAAAGAAGAUUCUCUUUUUAGACCGUGGCAUGCGGUGAACAUCAUCAAAAAGUCCCUAGAGUAUGCACUUGCACAGGGAGAUUUGGUGAUGAGUGCUACGUUAAUUCUUCUUUUUCACGGGCACUUCCAGCAGAACCACACCGAGGAUAUUCUUGGCAAGAACGAGUGCCUAGAAGUUCUUGGGCUCUAUAUUGAGAGUUUGAGGUCGAAACAACUAUAUACCAUUGCCGUGCAAGUUGUGAAGGACUCUCCCAUGGCGCUAAAAGAAAGCCUCAGUGCGUAUGCAGUGAAGGAGGUUGAGAUGCGGUUCUAUUGCUGUUGGUGCAAGACCUUGUUGACGAACGAAUCGUCAAAAGAAAAGUAUGGCGUGGACAACGAGAGGUUUGGCUUCUGGUACUGCGACGCGUGUUCUCGGAAGCAGCUGAAUUGCGUGUAUUGCAACGAGCCCUGCAAAGGACUCACAUUAGUCGAGAGCCUUCAGUGUGGGCACCGGGGCCAUUUUGGAUGUCUCCAGGAGUGGCACCUCGAGGAGGGGAAUGUGGAGUGUCCAGGAGGAUGCGACUGA